CCUCGACGACACCCAAUUCGCCGUCGGGUCAAUGGCCGCCACCAUCGGAGUUCCGGAGACCUCGACGUCCAUGACGAAGGAGGACGCUCCUUCCUUCUCUUUCGUCUUCCAGCGGGGAGAGAGAGGGCCAGAGGGGCUACAGGCGAGGGCCGACCGCGUCGUUGGAGAUGGCGUCCAGAUCAUCGAGCAUGUCCCGCGGGGAGAAGCAGGGAAGGGGUAAUGCUGCUCAAUCUUCGGCUCCAAGAAGGAGGCCUUCGCCUUCUCCUUCACCCGCCAGACGCAACGUUGCUAGACCACCACCUCCUUCUAACGACGACGACGAAGGAAGAGUAAGAGUAGCCGUAAGGGUUCGUCCAAAAAAUGCAGAAGAGCUCUCUUCAGAAGCUGAUUUUGCUGAUUGUAUUGAAUUACAACCAGAGCUGAAAAGAUUAAUACUAAAAAAGAACAAUUGGAGCUCUGAAUCCUACAAAUUUGACGAAGUUUUUGUAGAAGCUGCUUCUCAAAAAAGAGUUUAUGAUGCGGUUGCCAAGCCUGUAGCCGAGAGCGUCUUAAAUGGGUAUAAUGGAACAGUGAUGGCUUAUGGUCAGACAGGUAGUGGAAAAACAUACACACUUGGACGACUUGGUAAGCAUGACCCUUCUGAACGAGGAAUCAUGGUUAGAGCUUUAGAGGACAUACUUUCCAGUAUAUCUCCAAGUGCAGAUGCAGUAGCAAUCUCUUAUCUUCAGCUGUAUAUGGAAUCAAUACAAGAUCUUUUGGCUCCUGAAAAGUCCAAUAUUCAAAUUGUGGAGGAUUCCAAGACCGCUGAAGUGUCCUUGCCUGGUUCUACCGUAAUUAAGGUCAGAGACAUUCAUCAUGCCCUGCAGCUCCUGGAAAUUGGUGAAAGCAAUCGCCAUACUGCAAACACUAAGUACAACACUGAGUCCUCACGAAGUCAUGCAAUCCUUUUGGUUUAUGUUCAAAGAUCAGUCAAAGGGAAAGGGGAAUCUGAAUCGUCUAUUAACAUAAAAAAAGUGGAUGAUGGUGAUGUGCCUAUUGUAGUAAGAAGCAAACUAUUGAUGGUUGACCUUGCAGGGUCGGAAAGAAUAGACAAAUCAGGUGGUGAUGGUCAUAUGAUUGAAGAGGCCAAGUUCAUAAAUCUUUCUCUCACUUCCCUUGGAAAGUGCAUCAAUGCAAUUGCAGAGAAUAGUCCACAUAUACCUAUAAGGGAUUCCAAACUCACAAGACUGCUUCGCGAUUCUUUUGGAGGUUCAGCAAGGACCUCACUUGUUAUAACAAUUGGGCCUUCUGGACGGCAUAUUGGUGAAACAACAAGCACAAUCAUGUUUGGGCAAAGGGCUAUGAAAAUUGAGAAUGUGAUGAAGCUAAGGGAAGAGUGUGAUUAUGAAGCUCUUUGCCGAAAACUGGAAUUACAACUUGAUUUUCUUACUGCUGAGAAUGAGAGGGAAAAGAGGUUACGAGAUGUUGAGAUGAAAGAAAUGCAGAAUAAGCUUAAGGAAUAUGAGCAGUCCUUGGGUGAACGAGGAAAAAGUCUUGCAUUGAUCUCUGAAUCAUCUGCAAGGGAGAAGCGUACGUUGGAAGAAGAACUUGGUCAUAUUUUAUCUGAAUUAAGUGUUCAAAAGGAGCGGCAUGGUAUGAUGUGCAAAGAAGUUGAAAGCUUGCAAUUAAGCUUGAGAAACAUGAGGGUUGAACUGCAAGUGGAGUUGCAGAAUCUUGCAAAUGAGAUGUCUCCAAUGUAUAACCACAAGCACAACUGUUAUGAACUGCAUAAUGAAUUUGUAAAUGAACGACACCUUGAACUUGGGACUAUGAAAAGGGAGGUGCACGAAGAAGAACAACUUGAGCUGCUUCGCCUUGAGAUCACUGCGUGUCAUGAAACAUUUGCAGAUGCUAGAAACAUGUAUGAAACUAAGAUCUCAGACUUGUUGAGACAACUUGAAGAUGAAAACACGAAGUACAAAAUCUUAGAAAAAGAAUUUAUAUUCAUGAAACAUCUGACUGAUCAAGAAUCAUCAAGAAAGAUCCAAGAACAAACUGAAUUGGAUGAAACAAGGAAAAGCUUAAAGGAGUUGCGCAUGCUAUAUGAACGCACUUUGAGAGACAUUCAACUACUAAAGUUGGAAAAUGAAGGGUCACUAGUUUCCCAGGCAAAUCUCAGUGAGCAAAAAGAAAUGCUGCAGAAAAAACUUUCUGCUUCUGUAUUAGAACGAGAACAUUUGCAAGAAGAACUUGCUAAACUGAAGAAUUCUAUGCUUAUUGGUAGCUCCAACUGUGAGGUCACAAGAUCUCAUGGUAAAGAAAAUACUGAUCAGUUUGCGUGGGGAAUAGAGAAUCACUCAGGCAAAUUUAGGUCUUACCAAUCAAGAGAUACUAUUUCCAUUCAAAGGGCUACCAUCACAAAGAUAUUUGAGGAAGUUGGACUGCAAAAAAUAGUAGCUUUAUUGCGGUCCGAAGACUUGGAUGUGCAAAUCCAUGCAGCCAAGGUGGUGGCAAACCUUGCUUCUGAAGAUGCAAACCAGGAGAAGAUUGUUAACGAGGGAGGUCUGGAUGUUCUUCUCUUGCUGUUGGAUUCUCAAAAUGAGACAAUUCGUCGAGUUGCUUCUGGUGCUAUUGCAAAUUUGGCAAUGAAUGAAAACAAUCAAGCUCUGAUAAUGUGCAAAGGUGGUGCACGUUUGUUAUCAAAUAUGGCCUCGAAGACAGAUGAUUCUCAGACUCAGCGAAUGGUGGCUGGUGCUAUUGCAAAUCUGUGUGGAAAUGAAAAAUUGCAUGCUAAACUGAAAGAGGAUGGUGGCAUAAAGGCACUUCUAGAAAUGGCCAGAUCUGGACACAAAGAUGUAAUAGCACAAGUUGCUAGAGGAUUUGCAAACUUCGCUAAAUGUGAAUCUCGGGGAGGUUCCAGGAAUGGUCAGUCACUACUCAUUGAAGAUGGUGCUCUUACUUGGAUAAUUGUGAAUGUGUAUUGCAGCUCAGCAUCAAUCAGGCGUCAUGUUGAACUUGCACUUUGCCAUUUGGCUCAACAUGAAGAAAAUGCAAAAUCUAUAAUUUCCGGUGGAGCAAUAAAGGAGCUGAUCCGUAUAGCACAUGAAUCUAUUCGAGAAGAUACACGGAACCUUGCAAAAAGGGCUCUGAACACAAAUACAACAUUGCGUGCUGAAAUGCAGAGACUCGGUUCCCUUUGAUACAAGACACAAGGUUUUCGUCGAGGUUCAGAAGCUAUUAAAGCAUCUCAUUUGUUGAUUACAUCAGAUUUUUUUUUCCCCUCUUUAUGAAAAGCCAUUGGUUUCAAUGUAUUUUCUCAUUGCAUUACAUUUGGCUUGGGGAGCCAACAAACUGCAAUAAGAUUUAAUAUCGAGUAAUUUUUUAGCCUUGAUUUC